AUACCCCUCACGCCCACCGGCGUUACGGGGCGUUUAACGCCCCGGGGGCGUGAAACACCGCCCCCCGCCGGCGUGAAACGGGCGUGAGGGCGCCUGCGUCAUUCGUUUGACGCGGCGUGACUCUUGCGCGGCUCCCUCCUAACAGCUAAAAAAGCCGUUGCAGCCCACAUUUCAAAAAAAAAAAUUUCCUAUAAAUUCAACCCCCCAACCAAUCUCUCACACCUUCUCUUCAAUCUCUUCCUCUUUCUUAUUUUUAAAUUUCAAAAUUCAAACCCCCCCUCCCAAUUUUCAACAUGAAUCCUUCCGGCUCCGGCUUCUUUCCCGACGAUCUCCCGCCCGUCGACGCCGCGAUGUGGUAUUACCAAGAGUUGGGCGAUCGACCGCCGAUGUACGACACGCAACAGUCGGGGUACGUCGACCGAGAUUCGGUUCCGGAGACUCAACCGGAACCGUCCGGAUCGAAAAAAAUUUACGAGGGAUGCUCCCGGUCCCGGAGGAGCGGCACGAACGACGCCGAUGUUCUCCGGCUUGCCACGACCCGGUAUCAAGACGACGGGAACCAAGGCAAGGUGCCCAUCGAUCUUUGGAGGAUUUUGAGUCGUUCCCCGAAGUGGCAACAACUCAACAAUCCCGACGGCGGAUCGUUCCGGAAAAGAUCCACCGUCGACGCCGAGGUUGAGGUCGACGAGACUAUCGGUUCUAGCAAUCAAAUCCCUCCCUUCAACGUUGCGGAUUCCGAUGACGAGGACCCCAUUCCACGGCCGAUCGGAAGAAAGAAGGCAAAAUCCAUUGCCUCGGGUUUGGGAGGGUCCGCCUCUAUUUCCGCUUCUCCCCGCGACGAAAUCGGCCGGGCAAUGAUUGAACAACUUCGGGCGUUCAAUCUCCAAGAACAAGAGAGGUUGAAGCUAAAGGAGAAGGAGUUGAAGCUAAAGGAGCAUGAGGCUGAGAUGAAAGUCAUGCAAACCGACCUCGGGACGUUGUCGGAGUUUGGACGAAUGAUCUAUGAGCAAAGAAUGAGAGAGAUCAAGGAGAAAUAUAAUUUACCUUAGUUUUUUUAUUAAUGCUUCAAUUUCAAGGGCUAUAACUAGUUUUCAGAAACAAUAUAUGCACAAAAUCAAAAUUGAACAAGUAGUAAUAAUAUUCAAUAUAAUGUGGGAGAAAAAAAAAGAAUUAAAAAGCAGAGUAAUUGUUCAAAGAUGUACAUACACACUAUUCCUUUUGAUGAUCUGAGGAGGAGAGAAAUUAUAAAAAAGAAGACUUUUAACUGCAAGAAAAAACCCAUCUUCUUCUUGCUCAUAUGCCUACUUAGUUCUCUGAUCUUCUGCAACACCGUCUGCAGAUCUGUGAUCCUGGCAAAUUUAUUUUCAGUUUCUUGAAUUUGACCCUUUUUUUCUUAGAUGGAGAUCAAGAGUAAAUGGGUGAGAGAAAUGAUGAACAGGUGAGGCAAAGAGGGGUUGGGGAAUUGGG